AUGCACGCAAAGGCCAUCCUCAUCGGCCUCCUCUCGGCCUCGGGGGUCAUCGCCGCCGCCUCCCCAGACGCGCCGCUCCAGGCCCGCGACAGCAAGCACGUCCUGGGCAAGGACAAGACGCUCCGCAUCAUGGCGCUGGGCGCCUCCAUCACGUACGGGCAGGGCUCGGACAAGACGGGCGGCUACCGCCAGGAGCUGGUGCGGCGGCUCAAGGACGGCAAGAACAAGGUCGAGAUGGUGGGCGAGCGCGGGCAGGGCGACUUCCCCGAGAACCGCGUCGAGGGCUGGCCCGGCAAGCGCAUCGACGAGAUCAAGAAGGACCAGAUGUCGUCGGUCGAGAAGCUCAAGCCCGCCAUCGUGCUGCUCAACGUCGGCACCAACGACGCGGUGCAGAACAAGGACAUCGACAAGGCCGGCGAGCGCUACGAGGACCUGGUCAGGGAGAUCCUCAAGAAGUCGCCCAAGGCCGUCGUGCUCGCGUCGAACCUGGUGCACAACCGCAACAAGGACACCGAGGACCGCGUCAAGAAUAUCAACAAGCAGAUCGAGCGCGUCGCCAACAAGCUGAGCAAGGACACCAAGCGCGUCGUCUUUGUCAACAUGUUCGACCAGGGGCCCAACCCGGACAAGAAGGACGGCGAGAGCGAGUACCACGACGACACGCACCCCAACGAGCGCGGCUACAAGAAGAUGGCCGAGGUGUGGGAGAAGGCCAUCAAGGAAGCGGACGAGCGCAAGCUGCUCAAGCCCGGCAAGCUCCGCAAGCUCCUCAACAAGGCAGGGGAGAAGGUCAAGAAGCUGGCCGACAAGCCAAAGGAGAAGCUCAAGAAGAUGUCGGAAAAGAAGAAGGACAAGCUCAGCAAGCAAAAGACAAAGAUGCUCGACGAGAUCCGCAAGAUCAUCCAGGACGAGUUCAAGAAGGUCGAGGACGCCAUCAAGGACCUCAAGAAGGACAUUAAGAAGAACUAG